UCUCUGCAACACCUAUAUACCGUUACUUACAAGUAUAAAGGUGUUCCGUUACCCGCCGCCUUGGAGAAUGAAUAAGAAAGAAACAAAGCCACUUAUAUAUUUCAAACACGCCUUCUGUUUCACGUCUCUCUCUCUUCUUAUCUCCUUCUAUAAAUCUCAUCAUCUAUCAUCCUAAACCUUCAUCGACAAUGCUCUGUCAUAAUUAAUAUCUUCUUCUUCUUCUGUUUCUUGUUCUUGUUCUUUACUUUUUAUUCUUACCAGGAAAAAUUAAUAAUUGAAAGUUAAUCACAGAGAUGAGCAGCGUUAAUCUUCCUCCCGGCUUUCGAUUUUAUCCGACGGAGGAAGAACUUGUUGUCCAUUUUCUUCAACGUAAGGCUGCCCUUUUACCUUGUCAUCCUGACGUUAUCCCUGAUCUUGAUUUAUAUCCUUAUGAUCCAUGGGAACUUGAUGGUAAGGCACUAGCGGAAGGUAAGCAAUGGUAUUUUUAUAGCCGGAGGACACAGAAUAGGAUAACAGAAAACGGGUAUUGGAAUGCAAUAGGCAUUGAUGAACCUGUUCUUACAAGCGCCAAUAAGAGAGUUGGAAUGAAGAAAUAUUCAGUGUUUUACGUCGGAGAAGCUCCGGUUGGAAUGAAAACUAAUUGGAUAAUGGAAGAGUACAGAUUAUUAUCAUCAUCAUCAUCGGAUAGUGCUUCAAGCAGUAGACCAUCCAAAACAAGAGGUCAUCCAAAAAAAGACCAUAGUAAGUGGGUUAUUUGCAAAGUUUACGAGCGAAAUUGUGAUGAUGAAGAUGAUGGAACUGAACUCUCAUGUUUGGACGAAGUUUUCUUGUCAUUAGAUGACCUUGAUGAAAUAAGUUUACCAAAUUAGAAGUUCUUAUUUACAUAUAUAUAGUAAUCCUCUUCCAAAUUGUAGGGUUGUAAACUUGUUAUGCUUCAUUGAAAUGUUAAUCAGCCAGCUUCAACUAUAUAUAUAUCAGGAAUUUUCAACCAAGGGAUAGUUUGGCUUGCUAGAAAGCAAACUCCAACACAAUUAAACGUAGCUUAAUUAAAUAAGAACCGCAAUUUGAGUUCGUGCA